AUGCCAUUCCUAGAACUGCCAGACGACGUUCUCCCCAUCAUCCUAUCCUUCCUAGAUCCAAAGGACUACCUCGCAUUUUGCCGUGUUUCAAAGGUCGUUUACUCGAAAUACCGACAAGAUCCUCUGUACUGGAGGCAUGAAACCUCGAAUACAUUCCGCCUCCCAAUUAGCCCUCUUCUCGCAGCCGACGGCCCUCGCUGGUACUGGCUAUACAAACGGCUCAAGACCCAAACUCGACUUUACACCUGGGGUCAAGGAUCGCCAGGGAGCUUAGGCCCAGGAAGAGCUCUCUCAGUGCCCCGCCGUCCGCCAACUCAUGAUCCGCCUCAUCUUCCCCAAAGGGUCCUCCCUCGGGUCCCUACCCGUCCUCACCCAACCAUACUUCCCCGGCCAUAUCCUGGCAGAGGUUUCCCCCGUCAAGUCUUUCAGCGAACCUCAUCCAGUUGGCCUACAGAAACUCACAUCCCCGAUGAGGUAGAAGUAAUUGCUGACCUCCAAUGUGGAGGUUGGUCGACUACAAUUUUAUCCUCUGAUGGCAAGCUGUACACCACCGGUUCAAUUGAUUCCAUGGACGGCAGGGUAGUGGGCGAAUCUUCCGACCAUUUCCGCCCACUCGAGUAUUUGACUCAAAGCACCUCCACCAUUCGACAAUUUUCUUCCGGCCGGCGUCAUGUUCUGGCUCUCACCGACGGGGGGAAAAUUCUCUCCUGGGACAGAAUCAAUGCAAAAGGUUUGAUGGUCUUCCCGAGAAAUGGGACAGACUUCGGGGAGAAACCAGUCAGGGUUGCCGCAGGCUGGGCGGAGAGCUCCGCCUAUGUACCAAACAUAGGCAUCGUCUAUUGGAGCCCCCUGCAAAACGAUCACUUAGACGAGAUGCUGGAUGGAAAGGUGGUCCACGAAAAGGUCGUUCCCGGAACCGCGAGACGCAGAACCGAGACUGGAUAUGUGGAAGUCCUCAAACACGUCGUUCUCGAAGAGUAUGUCGUGUGGAUAACAAACGAAUCCAAGGUCUACGCAUGUGCCCUUCAUGUUGACAACUCCGAUCAACUAGAACCCACCCACCCUCCAUUCGAACUCCCGGGUUUCGACGCACCAGAUCGCGACUUGAGAGAUAUCCAAGGUCAAUUCCACAGAUUUGGUGUGUUUACAGCAACAGGCGAAGUGCUUUCUGGUGAUACGGGGUACGUCAGACGUUGUGCUGAAGCCAUUCGAAAUCGGCCGGAAUUACUGUCAUCGAGCGAUUGGUCUACCAUGACCACCUUGCUUGCCUCGAGGCCCCACGAUGUGCCUGCCAUGCAGCACACUGGCGUCAUUGCACUGGCAUAUGGUGACUACCAUUACCACGCCCUGCACGCCGACGGCAGGAUCACCUCAUACGGUACAGACUCCCAAAGCUGUGGAUCGCUAGGCCUUUCCGGGCCGGAGCACGGUGGUCGUUUCCGUGGCCUGCGUCGAGAUAGGCCCGGCCUCCGGAGCGAUGCUCAAUUGCUACCCAUCGCAAAUGUCCGCGGUCGUCAAAUUUGGUUUGAACCUGAACGGAAGGAUUGGCUGCAAUGGAUGGAAGACCAGCUGACUCAACCAUAUCUCACCGUCAAUGGUCAGCCGGCCCGCCAUAUCUGGGAUAUUGAUCCGGUCAAACAAGCUGCAUUCAGCGAGUGGGUUGAGCAGGAAGGCAAGCAUUGGGAGGAAGGCCCUGCGAGCAGCGCAGACGCGGGGUCACACGCCGACACAGCGGAAACCCCUUUGGCAGGAGACUAUGCAAAUCUUGGAUCCUACUUCCCGAUUGCUAUCGCAGCUGCAGGCUGGCACAGCGGAGCUUUGGUGCUGGUCGACGAGGAUAAAGCCCACGAGGUACGAAGCAAAUGGGUGACAACGAGGCACGAAAGCGACGAAGACAAGACUCGCUUAAUGCCAGGUGCCUUCGAGAGCCUAGAGCUCGAUGAAGUGUAUGUAUGGAAGAGAGACGGAUUCCCCACGGUGCGGUUACCGAAUGGAUUCGAAAUGCCAGGCGAGGGUGAGCCGAAGCCUUGGAGAGACGGAGUGCCGACUAUGCAGGAGCUGGGACUUGAGUGA